UUCUAAACUAGCACAACAACAAAAAGCUUACUUACUUGCAAGUCGAGACAGGGAGGGAAGAGCUUGGGCACUACCGCCUCAACAAGAAGGAGCUGCUAAUUUGGCAUUUCUUUUGGAAAUUUUUUGCUAUAGAGAAAUUCGAGUCCGUGGACUCAUUGAAGGCCGAGUUCGAAUCUCUGUUUACUCAUCCUUUGAUUAUUUUUUAAAGUUCGCACAGGGUUGCUUUGCUGUUAAGAUUACUCUAUGUAAGGUUCGAGAUUUCUCGGAAUGGAAAGGGUUCCAAAAUUGAAGUUGCUUGCUAGGGAAUUGCCCGCUGUGAGUUCAGUGUCAAAUCAGCAUAUAGUCUUUGAGGGAGAAGGAGGUCUUAUGUUGAAUUUUCAAGCUGUACGCUCUGGAGAUAGAGUGGGUAGAUGUAAUGUGGGAAACUCCCAAUUAUCGGAGUCAGCUGAACCCGUAAGAACAUGGAAAGGGAAGGGGAAAGACUCCUUGCUUGAAAGGGUAGAAAUCAUGCCUGAUGUUAUUACAUUCAAUUGCGACAGUGAUUCAUUGGAGGAAAGUGGACUGAUUUCUUUUUCUGGAGCUAGUCACCCCCCUGAACCUGUGGACAUGGAUCCAAUGGGAACUUUGUAUGUACCAAUCAGUCAGAAGAAGUCCGAUCCUGGGUGUUUGAUAAAGAGCAUGUCAGUGAAGGGACCUUUUCUAAAAGAUCUUUCAAUCAGGGUUCCUCAUAAGAAACCAAGUCCUGCUGUACUUUCGCCAGCUGAAAGUUUGGUUGAAGAACCCAAUGAUUUAGGUACGCUACUUUCUUCUCCAUUUUCAGGUCCACGUGCAUCAAAGAAUGCUGAUAAUUCUCACAUUCAUCUAGGUUCAAAUGAAAGAGAAUGUGUUUUGGAUGCUCUUUUACUUCCAAGUGAUAAUGUAAGCCCACAUAGCAGCAUUGACAGCACCGGGAUUGCCACUGCUAUGAGCAUUGUCAAUAGCACUGUGAGUACGUGUAGGAGUGAUGCAGUCACAAGUGAUGGUAUGGAGAGGAAUUGUAAGAGUACAAAAGGAAGUGUCAGAGCAGAUUCACUUGAGAGUGCAAAGACUAGUGUUAGCCAAGCAAGUGACAGCAGUGGCCUUAGUGAUGACAGUAACUGGAGUAAUAUUACUGGAAGCGCUAAUAAGCCUCAUAAAGGAAAUGAUCCAAGGUGGAAUGCCAUCCUUGCUAUCCGGGCUCGAGAUGGAAUUUUGGGCAUGAGUCAUUUUAGAUUGCUUAAACGGCUUGGCUGUGGAGACAUUGGUAGUGUAUAUCUCUCAGAGCUGAGUGGUACUUGUUAUUUUGCAAUGAAAGUAAUGGACAAGGCAUCGCUUGCAAGUCGUAAGAAGUUGAACAGGGCUCAGACUGAAAGGGAAAUUCUGCAGCUGCUGGACCAUCCAUUUCUCCCCACUCUGUAUACUCAUUUUGAAACUGAUAGGUUCUUGUGUCUAGUCAUGGAAUAUUGCCCAGGGGGAGAUCUACACACAUUGAGGCAACGACAACCUGGAAAGCAUUUCUCAGAGUAUGCUGCAAGAUUUUACGCUGCAGAGGUUCUAUUAUCUCUCGAGUAUCUCCACAUGCUUGGUGUUGUUUAUAGGGACUUGAAACCAGAGAAUGUUCUAGUCCGUGAAGAUGGCCAUAUAAUGCUCUCAGACUUUGAUCUUUCCUUAAGAUGCGCAGUUUCUCCCACACUGAUCAAAGCCUCAGCAUUCAAUUCUGAUCCUUCAAAACGUGGUGCGUUCUGUGUUCAACCUGCCUGCAUUGAGCCUACUUCAGUUUGCAUUCAACCUGCCUGCUUUAUCCCGAGGAUAUUCCCUCAAAAGAACAAGAAGAAAACCCGAAAACCUCAAGUUGAAUUUGGGGUGCCUUCACAUUCCCUCCCGGAGCUUGUUGCAGAGCCUACUGCAGCCCGGUCUAUGUCCUUUGUUGGAACCCAUGAAUACCUAGCCCCUGAAAUAAUCAAAGGAGAAGGCCAUGGAAGUGCUGUUGAUUGGUGGACCUUUGGAAUUUUCUUACAUGAGCUGCUAUAUGGCAAAACCCCCUUUAAAGGCUCAGGAAAUCGUGCUACACUGUUCAAUGUUGUAGGGCAACAGCUGAAAUUCCCCGAUUCACCUGCAACCAGUUAUGCUAGCCGUGAUCUAAUCCGCGGCUUGCUGGUUAAGGAGCCACAACACCGGCUAGGGGUGAAGAGGGGUGCAACUGAGAUCAAGCAACACCCUUUCUUUGAAGGUGUGAAUUGGGCUCUAAUACGAUGCAGCACCCCACCUGAUGUGCCAAGACCAAUGGAGAGCGAGUUGCCUAGGAUGGCCAGGAAACUCGGGCCGGUGGAGCCAGUAGGAGUUGGUAACAACAGUAAAAGGAUGGUAGGGACAGACAUGAAAUCCGAGGGUAAAUAUCUGGACUUUGAGUUCUUCUGAGGAUAUACGAUAGCUCAGAGUUCAGUGCCUCUUCAAAGAAAAUAUCAUGUUAGUUUAACAAAAGAAAAUUAGUGGCUUAUAUUGAAAGGUAUGCUGCCGCCUUUUGUGCACAAAUAUUGAUAAUUCAGACCGAGUGUUUGAA